GUCGAUCUGGCAUUGGCUCUGCUUUUUCAAACAUUGUCCGACUUCCGCGGUGAAUCCCUUUUUAUGUACAAUUGUGCUUCGGGGAUUUUCCUACCUUGUACUUUUUGAGGAGCUUAUUGCUCCGCAUCUACUCAAUUCGAAACAUUACUGUUUGCCCCCUCAUCUUCAAGAAGAACAAAAUAAAACGUUGAACAGAAGCAUACCGGCAUCGAUUUUAUCUGCUCAUACGAGUAUUGGCAUGCUACGAGUAGAUACUUAGCACUUGCCUAACUAGGAUCUACAUCUUACAUCUAUAGAAUAAUCACUGAAUUCAAACCCAACUUGAUCUGACAAGACAAGACAAGACAAGGCAAGUCAAGUCAAGUCAAGUCAAGUCAAGGCAAGGCAAGGCAACUCAACUCCUCCAGUCAACUCAACUCCUCCAGUCAGCCCAAACUCAAACUCGAACCCGAACUCGACCAAACUCGACGCUUUGCCCAUAAGUUACUCUGUCUGUUGCUGUAUCAAAAGUACAACAUCAAUCAAGUAACGGUCGGAUCAGUACCAUUUGGGCAUCUGGUAAUUUGGAAAUCGGAACCAGCAACCCUUUUUGGAUCUCGAGUUAUUCGCCUCUCUUUCGUCUUUCAUCCAUCCCUCACUCAGCCUGACUUCGGAGCUUCUCACAAGUUACAACCCAAAAAGUACCUGAACCUUGAGAAAUCCGUCUCUAUUGGCUCACUGCCACCCACUUCCAAUCCACCAUAAACUUACUUAACAAAACACACGAACCUAUCCUGUACUUUGAUUUGGUUCCUCAGCAGGUCCUGCAGGUAGCAAUCAAGCGCAUCGGUAUUUACACUGGAGCACAUCUUUCUAAUUUUGGGGUCGAGGCUUUUGACUGGGAACUUGCAAUCUUCCUCGCAUUGACAUUCGUCGGCUGUGUUUCAUAUUUUCCCCCAUUCCCCCCAAAGCGAAUCUCCAAUCUUUUUCGUUACAGCAUUUCGUUCUGAAGCUACAUUUUGAACAGUUAUGCUCAAUAUGUCGGCCGGACACAUCAUAGGCAAUCGCAACAGCACUCCUGUCGAGUCUACAAAUACUUCGUCACUUCGACCUCCAUCUUCACGCGCUGUCGGCUCAGGUCAUCACCUUCGAGCUUCUGCAGACAUGGCCGGAUAUUCAGGUUCGCCAUCUGCUAGCCGUGGCCAAGCUCGUCCUUCAUCCGAUUUUUAUGGCACUCAACAAAUGCAAGGUCAGGGUGUCCCUGAAAAUGAUACUGACUUGGAAGCUCAGCAAUGGAUCGCCGACAUUGAUCAAUAUGAGAAUACUUUGGAAGAAAUGGCAGCUGCAACUUUGGAUCAAGACUUUAAAGAUGAGCUGAGUGCAAUAGAACAAUGGUUCCGGGUUCUGAGUGAGGCCGAACGAACCGCUGCUUUGUACGCUCUACUUCAACAAACAACCCAGGUACAGAUUCGAUUUUUUAUACAAGUUUUACAGCAGAUGGGCAAAAACCAUCCAAUGUCGGGUGUGUUGUCACCCGCAAACUUCGAUAAAGAUCCUAUGUCAACUCGACUCAACGAUGCAAUGGGCAAGCUUGGUGCUGAAGGCUCCAGAAAUUCCAUAGGCCGUCCUCCCGCUACUCCGUCUACAAAGAGACACUCUGUUCUGGAUCCAUCCAUGAUAAACAACAUGUUUCCAGAUGCUGCGGCAGCUAUAGCCAGCAAAAAGGCUGAAUAUACUCAGAACUGGGGCAAUCCUCCUACCUCAAACCGAAAUAGUGCAGCCUACGAUAACCGUGCCUCUCUUACCGCACCUGUCAUCGCUGGCCUUGGAGACUCGACGGACAAUAGCGCACCUCCCGCCUCACCAUGGGGAUCUCGCAGCAAUGACCAGGCAAACAGGCCUAAAUCAUCUUCGGGACAAACACCCAUGGGCCAGUUUAUGCAACCACCACCCUCAGCUGGCGGCUUGCGCUCUCCCAGACCAACUCAAAUUCAAGGCUCAUCUAAUCUUCAAAAUACUGUAAUUAACGCUCCUGACAAUACUGGCUCUGAUAUGCCACUACUUUCGCCAUAUAAUGCAGGGAACGGAAAUUGGGCCUCGAUGGUCAACACGCCAAUGGUUCCAAAUUUCAAUGCAUCGAACAGCAACACCGAUAUGGUCGCAAACGCUACGGCUAUGAAACUGGCGGCCCUUUCUACAGUCAACAAUCGGUUUGCUUUGGACGAUGUACGAAAAUACCGCCGUGCUAGAUCGAACGAUGGUGGACAGGUUCCACCUUCUCCCGGUCUUCCUAACAAUAUGCCAAACGCUAACGUUGUCAUGAUUAAUGAACACGGACAAAUAAUGAGUCGAGACCAGGUCCUAGGGCUUCAAGCUCAGCAGCAGCAUUCUUUCGGCGGCAGACAGUCUAGGCCAAGCUCCCCAGGUUUGGCCAUGCAAGGCGGGUUUGGUCAAGUCAAUUUUGCAUCUCCACAGAAUAACGGCUUCCUGGCCGCAUAUGAUGGAGCCUCGCCUCUACUCAACAAUGGCAUGAGUGGCUUGAGUCUGAACGCAUUUGGUAUGGGACAGCAUGAGGGGUAUCUCUCUGAUCAUAGCGAAAUGGCGCGGGGUAGAUCGCCACGUGGAAGAAGAGGUAGCUCAAAGCCCCCUGAGGAUCCUACCGACCCUAGCCUUCUUCAGGAUAUUCCCAGCUGGCUGAGAAGUUUGAGAUUACAUAAGUACACGGAUCAGCUUAAGGAUAUGAAUUGGACCGAGCUUGUGGAACUAGAUGACGAGGCGUUGGAGAAGAGAGGUGUCAACGCUCUUGGAGCGAGAAGAAAGAUGCUCAAAGUGUUCGAGCAAGUAAAAGCUGCGAAAGCGGAGGGUAAGCUCUCAUAAUUUGGUUUCUUUAUUUUCUACUAUUUUCACGCGAGCUUUUCGAUUUGAGUUCCAAAUUGUAUUUGAAUACGAGAAUAUGGAAACAGUGGGUUGGGCAUUCACACGGUUCAAGAAUGUGGAUAUGAAUGAUGUUGGAUUUUUUCACAAGCUCUACAAACAGACAGCUUGGAUGAAUGUUGAAAUACGCAAUUCCAAUUCGUAACUUGAAUCACCCCAAAUAGUUAUAAUCAUGUAAUGCGAACACUCGUCUAUCUAUGUAUCUUUCUUUGUACCAUUUAGUCUGCACAUAUAUUUCAUCACAUAGAAUGCACUCAUCCUCUGGCUCCAUUCUCUGCGUCCAUGUAUGUAUUCAUUUGUCUCGACAACGUUCACACGUGAUACAAUUCACAUCGCAAAUGAAUAGACAGAAAGAGAACGCUCAUUAAUCCGUCUAUCUCAAAAGGACAGUAAUAUAGCUCUUUAAGUACA